AUGGCUGAUCCGGCGCAAGAGACCGAGGAACGGCUUGAGUGGGCGGACUCGAUGACGGAUGCGAUUCUCAGGCUUCCGUUUCCGGUGACGGAAGCUCAGCCAGCGUUUGUUUCGAAAGAGCAAUAUUCCCACGUGAUCGAGCUCGCUACCUCUCUGACACGCAAGCAGCGAUCCAAGCAGAAGUUCAGACUCUUGAUGCCAAGCGGCCAGAAGCUGACCUUUCGGGUGGACCCCGACGAGCCUCGGUUCAUCUACAGGGUCGUGGGCUCCUCCGUGAUGUGUCUCGCCGAAGAGUUCACAGGCAUCUCGCCGAGGCUGAUGGUGGAGCGCAUUCAGGCGAACCUGACUGGGAACCACACCAGCCGGUCGUGGCGCAUCCGGGUGCCCACAGCACCGGGCCAGCCCACCCGCGGCUGA